AUCAGUACCAGGAGCAGCAGCAGCAGCCCUGCCAGGAGCCAGAGCCCAGCCGUGGGGACUGCAAUCAGCUAGCUGCUUUUCUGUCCCUGCUCUCACCACCACCACCACCGGACCAGCAGCCACCACAGCCUCACUUCUUACUGGGGGAAGGAGCGGCAGCAAGUUGAGGGAGGUGCACUGCAGAGGGACCCAGAAAGACCCAGGUGAUGACCUGAAAAAAUCAUGUCUGAGGUACAGGGAACGGUCGAGUUUUCUGUGGAACUACACAAAUUCCAUAAUGUGGAUCUCUUCCAGCGAGGGUAUUACCAGAUAAGAGCAGGAUUGAAAAUCCCCUCCAGGAUUCCCCAUAGACUGUAUGCUACAAUUGCUGGACAAACAGGUGACUCCAGCCUCUGCUCAGCCUGUGUUCAUGAGAACAACGUCUACAGCAGAGUGUUUCAGAUCUUGUACAGGAACGAAGAGAUUGUUCUUAACGAAUCGAUGAACUUCAGGGUUCACCUCCUACUAGAUGGCGAGAGGGUGGAAGAUGCGUUAAGCGAAGCCGAUUUUCAGCUCAAGUUGGACCUGCACUUUACCGAUAGUGAGCAGCUGCUGAGAGAUGUUCCUGCCAUCCCGGUGAUAAGCAGCCGCACUCUGUGUCUUCACUUCCACCCAAAGAGAGGCCUGCACCACCACGUUCCCGUCAUGUUCGACUAUUUCCACCUGUCAGUGAUCUCCGUUACCGUGCAUGCCUCGCUGGUAGCAUUACACCAACCGCUGAUCAGCUUUGCUCGUCCAGGGAAAGGAUCAUGGCUUGGAAAAGGCAGUCCAGAGAUGGGACCAGACCAGACCAGUAUGUCAUUAGAGAACCUUGUGUUUGGAGCCAGCUACUGCAAACCUCCUUCUUCGGAGGGUAGCUUUUAUGUUCCUUCUGAAAACUGCAUGCAGCAUGCAUACAAAUGGCAUAAAGACUUGUGUCUGCUGCUCUUGAAUGCUUACAGAGGACUUCAGAUUUACUACACAGUCCUAAUGAAGGAGAUUCCAGAUUUACCGCAGCUGAAGUUAGAGGAGCUGUCUGUGGAAGAUACGUUAUCUCAACUUUGUACAGAGCUGCAGCUGCUGAACAAUCCGGAAAAGAUAGCAGAACAGAUAAGCAAGGACCUAACCUGGCUUUGCUCCCAUCUUCUGGCAUUAUGGACUCAGUUCCUGGAGGUGGUGACACUCCAUCCAGACAUCACAGCCUAUCUUACUCAGGAGCAUCACACAUUAAGGGUAAGAAGAUUCUCAGAAGCUUUCUUCUCUGCUGAGCACCAGAAGCCCGCUGUACUGACCUUUCAGGAAAGCCUGAUCCAAAAUCACGGGCAGAUUUCGACAGAAAUUCGCAAUUCGGACUACUUCAGCAGCAUGCCCCCCCUGCCAGCUGAAUGCCUCGACAUAGACGGCGACUGGAACACGCUCCCUGUCAUUUUUGAAGACAGAUACGUAGACUUCCCUUACAAAGGGGAGAGUUUGGGCAUGUACCCAGCUUUUGAGGGUCCUGCUUUGGACAGCACGCCAAUGGACUUAAUAAAUAACAAGGGGGAUCUCACUACAGAUGAUGACAUUGUAUCACCAAAGGGGAAAUUCAGGAGAGAGCCUCUGCUAAUACACACGGAUAAGAUCAAUGGGAAUCCCACUUGCAUCUAUAGCGAUACUGAAGCUUCUGCUUUUGCAGCUGAAGGCUUGACCCAGCACCCGUUAUCUCAGGUAUAUACAGUGAACAAAGAAGGCCAAAGGAAAACCGAUGUGUCCCAGGAAAACCUGUUUGUUUCUCGUGAGGAAACUGUUCCUAACUUGGGGCCAGCAGAAGACUAUAAGGCAUCAGCGGAUGCUUCAUUAGCAGCUGAUAGACUUGCAACAAGUGUUACGCACACGAUACCUAGCAAUAAGGAAUCCUGUAAAAGCGAACCUGUAUUCGUCAUUAGUGCUCAGUGUGAGAACGGGGCACGCGGGACUGAUGAUUUAUUAGAUGGGGCUGAAUUAAGUAAAACGGCUACGUCUAAGGAUGGUGAUGAUGAUCUCACUUCAGAUGAGCUUGCACUAAAUCAACUCAACGGCCUUGGAAAACCAGGGGAUCCAGAAAGCAAGACUCUGUUGCCCGCUUUGAAGGCACUCCCCAUUGGUACUUUUGAAGUGAAGCCAUUUCCAAAGGAGCAAAGAGCUGAGGAAUGUGAGGAGUUUACCCUGAGUUCUGGAGCUAUAAAGAGAUCCUCAUCCGUAAUCUCGGACUCUGGCAUUGAGAGCGAGCCGAGUUCGGUGGCCUGGUCUGAUGCCCGUAGCAGGGCGUUGGACCUGCCCAGUGACCGCGAGAUUCUGCACCAGCUCGUCCGGAGGCACGCCAUACACAGGAACUCGCUGGAGGGAGGCCACACAGAAAGCAACACGAGCUUGCCCAGUGGGAUUCAGGCCUCGCUGACCUCAAUUAGCUCUUUGCCAUUUGAGGAAGAAGAGAGGGAGGUAGAACUGACAAAGCUGACCAAAUCGGUUUCCGCUCCCCAGAUCAGUAGUCCAGAGGAGUCCAUCGAUGACAAGGAUUUAUGCAGAAAUGAUGAUGCAGCCUUGGAGGUGGUGGAGGGGAACUUGCAAAGCUACUUGCAUGCAGAAUACAGAAGAACCGACUUAAUGGGGGGCUUUGUUGACUCUCAAAAUGCAACCCAAAGUGAGCGGUUGGACCCGGGCCCUGCCUCAGGAGAGCGUCCUAAUGCCACUGUCAAACAGGGCAUCUGCGGCACUGAGUUACCGGGGGAAGAUGAAGAUAAGGACAUUUUCACUGAAACAGACUGUAGUUUGGGAUAUGCAGAACAAACCGUUAAUGUAACGGAGCACCAAGACGAUACCACUGAAUGCCCAGCGGUGCAGAGAAAAGGCAAGCACGGCUUGAAAACGCCAAGCAUCUGCACCUACCUGGACACAAAUGUAGUUCCAGCUGAUGCAUAUAGCAAGGACCCAAAUGAGACACUUCAGUCUAUGCCUGAGGGUUUGAAACUAGGUCAAGACUUUUAUUCUAUUGCUGGUAUAUCGGAUGUGGAGAAUUUCUCCCACUGCGUGAGCCAGGUGCCAGAUUUCUGCUACACUCUUCCAGCUUCCUCGGAGGCGUCAGCCAGACUUGAUUCAACGAGAGGAGAGUGCAGCAGUGAAGGCUUGGCGCCCUGUGAGGAAAUGCAGGAUUUACAAGAAAUCGAACUCGGUGAUGCACCUCCAUUCGUGGGCCCUGCUUCAGGGCCCUCUCAGCGCGAGUAUCCUCAGGAUCCAGAUGAGAGGGAGCACAAACUUGUGGCUAACGGCACUGGGUUUCAUUCUGUGGCUACAGAGGGCUUAGCCCUGGAGAGCAGAAAGGCUGGCGAUGUGGUUAACCUGUCUGUGUCUUGCACUGCCACGUGUCUUCCCUUUUCCUCUGUGCUCAAAGAGACUCCAGCUACGGCUGGCUUCUCUUCAAAGCAGGCUGCGUUCCCGAUCACGCGCCAGCCCUUGGGCUCUUUCGGAGUUGUCUCUUCUCAUUCAGACGACAUGGAUGAAGAGGCCAAUGAAAGGAUGCUGAAUUUUUAUCAGGCCAAAGAAAAAUUUAAAAAAGAAAUGAAGAUUGAAGGAUUUCUGUACAGUGACUUAUCUGUACUAGCUUCUGAUAUCCCAUAUUUUCCACCAGAGGAAGAGGAAGAAAAUUUGGAAGAUGGAAUUCACCUGGUUGUCUGUGUCCAUGGACUAGAUGGUAACAGUGCGGAUCUGCGACUCGUAAAGACUUUUAUAGAACUGGGACUCCCCGGUGGAAAACUGGACUUCCUGAUGUCUGAAAGAAACCAGACUGAUACUUUUGCUGAUUUUGAUACAAUGACCGACCGAUUGCUGGAUGAAAUUAUUCAACACAUCCAGUUAUACAACCUCUCCAUAUCCCGAAUAAGUUUCAUUGGUCAUUCCCUUGGUAAUGUCAUCAUCCGAUCGGUACUAACCCGACCCAGAUUUCGCUAUUACCUCAACAAGCUCCACACCUUCCUGUCCCUCUCUGGGCCUCACCUGGGAACCCUCUACAACAACAGUACUUUGGUUAGUACAGGCCUGUGGAUCAUGCAGAAGUUGAAAAAAUCAGGAUCCCUUUUGCAGCUUACCUUCAGGGACAACGCGGAUCUUCGCAAGUGUUUCCUGUACCAGCUCAGCCAAAAAACAGGCCUUCAGUACUUUAAAAAUGUUGUGCUGGUGGCGUCUCCCCAAGACCGAUAUGUCCCAUUUCAUUCAGCAAGAAUAGAAAUGUGCAAAAACGCACUUAAAGACAGACACACAGGUCCUGUUUAUGCAGAGAUGAUAAACAACCUCCUCCAGCCUUUGAUUGGAGCAAAGGACUGCACUUUAAUAAGACACAACGUGUUCCAUGCCCUGCCAAACACCGCCAACACACUGAUCGGACGGGCGGCUCACAUAGCAGUGCUGGACUCUGAACUCUUCCUGGAAAAGUUUUUCCUGGUGGCAGGACUCAACUACUUCAAAUAGUGCCUGAAGGACUGGGUAAAACAAAGGGAAGCAUUUUGUUCAGUGAAGUAGAAUCCCUUAGCCAAACGAGCGCAGUAUUAGCAAUGAGAAAUAUGCACGUGAUCAGGUGGGACAUUACCACUCCCUCCAUUUCCAUUUAUGUUUCAGAGAAUAAAGUGCUAUGGCUUUAAGGUAUUCAAGCUUCCAAAUAUUGGUGCUUUUGGAAGACAUAAGUAUUCACAGUCAGUUUCUGUUCUUUGUUCUCAUAAUGACGAAAGCUACUUCGGAUUUAGUGAAGCAAGCAUAAGAAAGCCAACUCUUUAGGUGUGAUUGGACCCGUAUGAUCUCCAUUAUUAACCCAGGAAUGUAGUCACCCUUGGUCAUUACUCACAUACUUAUUAACAGAGCUGUACAUCUGUAGCAUUUUUGUUGGAAUAGUUAACACAAGAGGAAAGAAGCAUAUAUGAACUCAGGUUAAAACCUCCUUUAUGAUGAACUGGAAAAAAAUGAAAUAUAUUUAUGUGAUCAGAAUCCUUGAUAGAUGCAACAGUUGGGUUUGUCUAAAGAAAAUACAGAGAUGUUUCAUUAUCCUGACUAAUCUGUAACAUUCAUACAUUCAAAGCAUGGGAAAGGGAAAAGAAAUAUUUUAAAUAGAAGGAAAAAAAAUCUUGAAAAGUCUCUUUAUUUCUUGUUUACUUUUAAUCCUUUAAGUCGAAAAAAAAAUGAACUCAAGAUAGAAGCGGCCAAGCCAAGAGGAAGAUAUUGGGGAAAAAAACAUGGAAUAUUGUCAUCUGUCAACAUGUCUCCUGUUUAUAUUUAAAAAAAAAAAAACACACCUUGUUUUGCUUAUCUUUAUGACCUCAGAGGUACAGUUAUUAUUUUUUAAAUUUGUACCUAAGUGCAUUACCCCAAGGUGUAAAAGUUUUGUCACUCUGAGCUGGCAUUCAAAGUCAUUCCAAUGACACCAUGAUCAAGUUAGUCAAAGGGAAUAGGCUGGCAACUUUUCCACAGAAAGUACCUUAAAAUAUAGGACUCUUCCAUUAGGUCCUUUCUGGAAUACGUUAAUCCCAAAGUGGAAAGCUAUAUAGCUUUCUAAUUACUAUCAUUUAGAGCUGGUUGAAAGUCUGUGAAGGGAAAUUCAUGAAAAACAAAUACCUACAUUGCUUUUCCAGGUUUGAAAGACUCACUUUCCACUCUCUAAUUUUUGGGGGGGGGGGUUUAUAAAGGAUUUUUAUUAAAAUGUUAUCAACAGUUGAAAUGGCAAAGUUCAAUAACUUUCAAUGAGUUUUUCAUAUCAUUUUGAUAAUUUUUCAAUAAAGUAGAAUAUAACAAUUUUACAAAAAGAGACAAAUUUUAGGGGAAAAAAAAAAGAUCAAGGUCUUCAUGCACCAAAAAUGUUUUUGAAAAAAAAGACAGGGUUUUUUUUGUGUUUUUUUUAUGAUGACCAUUUUUUUUUCCAAAAAAAAUUUUGAUCAGCUCUAUAUACAGUGUAUUAUCUUGCCGUGAAGAACACUAUGGUGGCACUAGGUGUUAAGGAGCUAAACUUUAUUAAGGUUAAGGGAAUGACAUUCUUUGAAAGAAGACAUUUCCAAUAAAGUUGCACUGGAAACUCUUAAACAUUGUGAAUGUUUUGGACAAGAUGGGUUUUUUUCACACAAGGGUAGUUUAAUAAAAAGGAAAGGUGAUGGGGUAGAAUUUGAGAAGAAAUACUUCAUGAAAAGGAGCACUGGAAAGUGGAAUAACUGGCAAGUUAAUACAACAACAAAUAAUAGAUUUGGUAUUUGCUUUUUGUAGAUCAGAAGGGUGUGAGGAAUAAUAUGAGAAUAAGAGGUAGGUGGGAUGGAGAUUGUUCGUUUGAGAAUAAUCAGGAAGACUGGGCCUGAGGACCAUUUUCUGCCCCCUCAAGGUCAUGUUGAAAUGAAAUAUUAAUAGUUGCCACGUACACACCAUGUUUCAACAUCAGAAUGCUUUGUAAGCAUGAGCUAUUCAUGUAGUACCAGAGUGAAUAGGUAGAUAAAUAUUAUCAUCCUUAUGUUAAAGAGGGGUAUCCAAAAUUUGAGAAAUUCUGUCUUUCCAUCAAGCUGCAAGGAGUGUUGAAGUCAAUAUUAAACUCAAGAAAGCCUAGAGUCCCUGUUCUCGGUGGAGAUCAAUAGAUCACAUCUUUGCCACUACAAUUUUAGUGCCAGCCAAACCUGUUUACCACACUAUUUAAUUUCUUCUCAGUAAAAUUUUAUAUUAAAGCUCCAACAAUAAUAAAACAGAGCAUAUAAGCUAUGGUUUCACGUAGGUGGAGGGUAGUCUUUUGCAUAAUAUAUACCAAAAAGUGUGUCCAUUCCCAUUUUCUUACACUUGAAUAAUACUCUAUUUGCUGGUACUUUCAUGAGUCAGACAAAACCCUUGGGCAGUAGAGUCUUCUAUUUUCAGACCAGCAGUCUUAUCUUGUAAUGGCUUUGCCUUGCAUUUUUUGUUGGGUACCAUUUCCAGCCUUUAAUGUGUGUGUGCAUGUAUGUCUGAGUGUGCGUGAGAAUGACAGGCCCUCCUAUGCCAAUGGGAUUUUUGCAUAAAUGAAACGGCAGGAUUUGUUCCUACAGGUAUAUGUAAAUGUAUCUUAUUAUGUGUGAUGUUUACCUGGGGUCUGAUCCAAAGCUCAUGAAGUGGUUAGGAAUCUUGCAGUAGAUUUCAAUGAGAGUUAAUUUGGGCUUGUGCAGCCUGGGCUCGUCAAGGAUGCUGCAAGCUGCUGUUGCAGAGUCCAAGAUAAAGCCUAGUAAGGCCGUCUUUGGAUAGGACCAGAUGUAGAUUUUUAUCUCCCUUGUGCUGCCAGAAUGGUGUGAGAAAUAUUGGCAAUAACAGUCCAGUUUAGUGUUGACUUGAAGCUAUCAGGUGUCUCCUUUUUUUAUUGGGAUGUUGUCUUUGUAAAGAGCCUGAGUAUUGUAAAACCUAUCUUACCUACAAAUAUUUGGUACGGUUGUGCAGAAACGACACGCCGUCGUUAUAUUGUAAAUAACAUCUAAAUGUUUGAACAUCAUUAAACUAAUCAAUCUGGCCUCA